AUGGAGGAUUCAUAUUGGUGGGAGAAAAUCGUUCUUGUGGUUGUUUUGAUUGUGUACACCAUCUUCCCGCUGGUGGCUUUCUUGAACAGGCGUCAUCGGCUCGCUCAAUCAAAAGUGUGCGAUGCAAUGCGGGAAUGUGAGACUUGUUCUGUGGAGCUAGCACGGAGCCUCGUGCCGGAUGCUGUGCUUCCGGAAUAUCGAUUUCGCGGGAUGCAUCUCAAGAUGUCAGCAAUUCAUGUUGGCUUCGACAAUGUUGGCGUGAAGUUGAAAAAAGAUGGCCGCUGCAUCCUGGAAGGCGUCACUGGCGCUUUUCGUCCUCGAAAGAUGGCGGCUAUCAUGGGUCCUUCGGGCGCAGGUAAGACCACCUUCAUGAACGCCAUAUGUGGCAGAGCAUAUUACGGGACUGUGAGUGGCGAGAUCCGCAUCAAUGGGCACGUCAGCAGCAUAGCAGAGAUCAAAGAGUUGAGGGGCUUCGUUCCACAAGAUGACAUCGUGCACGAGCAUCUGACGGUCCGCGAGCAGCUCUACUACUCGGCCAGACUCAGGAACCGGGCGAAGACAUCAGCUUCAGUGAUUAAUUCUAUCGUGGAAGACGUGCUGAACGUCAUGCACCUGACAGAUGUGCAGCACAGUAUAGUGGGCAAUGUGGAGGAGACACGAGGCAUCAGCGGUGGCCAACGCAAAAGAGUUAACAUUGGCUUAGAACUAGCAGCGCGGCCAACGAUCUUGAUGUUGGACGAGCCAACCUCUGGGCUUGAUGCUACCACUGCCCUGGACAUCAUGCGCUCAUUGAAGACGCUCUCCGAGAUUGGGAUGACUGUCAUCAUGGUCGUGCAUCAGCCGCGGUAUUCCCUCUUCACCCUGUUUGAAGAAGUGUUGCUUCUUGGACUCGGAGGGCAGACCGUCUAUCUUGGAGGCAGCCAGGGCGUGCUACCGUACUUCACCAGCUUGAGUUUCAAGAUGCCCGAGCAUGAGAACCCGGCCGACUGGUUCAUGGAUGUGAUUUCAGGCAAGGUGAAGAACGAAGACAAUCCAAACUUGAAAUCUAGUGGGCUAGCAGAGGUUUGGGCGCAGCGCUUCACCGAGAUUGUCACGGAAUCAUCCGACCCAAGCCAGGUUCGGACAGCGGACUUGUUCACCUUCUCAAAAGCAUUGGAUUCCAAACUGGCAGCUGCUGGUGUGUCGGACAACAUGAUUACGGAUGAGAACUUCUUGAAGCUGCUUGAAGUGUCUGGGGUCAAGGAGCCAUCCCCAGCUGCCAUGCAUGAGUUGAAAGCUCGGACUGGAUUUCAGAACGGCUCCAUCUCACGUGAGAAGCUGUCCAGCUUUCUCAAUGGAUUGCAAAGUUCUUUCUCCAACGACUUGCUCUCUGACAUGGCCGGCCGCUACAAUGACAUGGGAGCUUCCGAAGCUUCUGCCAGCACCGCCGGUAGCGCAAAAUUGACGGAAAAGCUAGCUGGACGGCGUGCCCGACUUUGUGCACAGUAUCCUGUUUUGCUCCACCAAAAUGUCAUAAGGUGGAUGAGGCUGUGGAAGCACAAGGCAUUCAGCCUAGCUCUGAUGGCCUUGGCUGCAGCCGUGUUUGGUACCCAGUGCAAGGACAAGCUUGCGCCUGAACACGUUCUAUGUCCAAUCAAGAUCAACAUCUCGCAUGUUGCCAUCGGACUUCUCAUGGGCAUCGCAUGCCUUCCCAUUUUUGGCUCGGAUCGCAUGGUGUUCUGGCGCGAGAGCGCUAGUGGAAUCAGGGUGGGUGCAUUCUUCUUAUCCAGAGUGACAGUGUUUCUUUUCGAUGUGCUUGUUUGGUGCUACGUCUUCACGGCGGUGUGGAAGGUAAGCUCCCAAGCUCCAUGUGGCUACUGGCUUUGGCUGGUGGCGUUCCGCAUGACUGCGGUUAGUGCUGCAGGAAUUGGCGUGUUGAUUUCGACCUUGAUCCCGAAGUCCAGUUCAACCUUGGCAACAGCCGUUGUUUUGCUCAUCAUGGGUGGUGCCAUUAGCGAACCACAGGUUGUCGCCGAAGCGAAGGGGAGUUUCAACGAAGUUCUAGCUUUCCUUUCUCCAUUCACUUGGACGUCCGGGGAGAACUACUUGGCCGUAAUCGCCGAAAUGGGUGGUGAGGAAAACGUGAACAUUUUUGCGCUUGACAUGAUGGAUGGGUACCGCAAUGUGCUGCUGUCUAUCAGUUUAGGUGGUCACAACUUGGGCUACCUGACCGCAGCGUACAUCUCAUGUAGCGUCUUCGGCUUUCUCGGAUUGACUUUUGGAUAUCUCGGGCUACGGUUUUCGCACCGCGGUAAGCAAGCCUGA